AUGAUGGAUAAACUUUCUACGUUGCGUCGCGCCACAACAUGGGAAAUAUCUGAGUCUGAGGAUGAAACUGAGGUAGAAAGCAAUCAGAUCCCAGAAUUAAAUGAUCAUAAGGAGAAAGCUACUACGCCCCCAUCAAUAACACUGAGCAGAGAUACACACUGUGACAACACUGCUCCAUCUCCUCCAGCAGCUAAACCCAAACCCACACAGACUUUGCCUCUUCCUCCCCAACCCUCAUCAUCAUCAUCACCAUCCCCAUCAGCAGCAGCAGCAGGCUCCCCCAGUCCCACCAGGAAACGCAGGAGCAAAGAGGAGAUAGAACUGGACAAGCAAAGGGCCCAGGAGAGAAAGGAGCUCAGGGAGAGGGCUAAGGCUGCCAAAGCUCUGGAGAAGGAGGAGAAGGAGGCAGAGCAGCAGCAGAGGAGAGAUGCUGCUCAACAUCUGAAGGCACUAAGACCAGAGAACAUCCUCAAAUGUCUCACUGUGUGCAUAGAUCCAGCUCUGCUACAACAAGAAGGUUCUGAUAUUCUGCUCGGGAGGUUGACUUCUUUAAACUGGACAUUUCAACUGGAAAGUCAGCAGCUCACUCAUUCCAUCACGUGGACUAGAACACUCCCAGAGGAUGGAGAUAAAGUGGUGGAGGAAGAGCAGGUUCUGUUGGUGAUUGGGUGGAGUGACUUCUUAGACUUGCUCAGUGCUGUGAAGAAGCUGCUGGAGAGCGGAGGUGAAGGGGCACAUGGGAAAUCCUUUUUCAGCCCAUUACAGGAGUUUUUGAAUCGAGAAGCAAAGAAGGUGGUGACGAUCUUGGUGACGGACUCUCCUCUUGAAUACACGAGUUCUGUGAGUGACGACUCGUAUGAGGACACACUGGCCUCUGAACUAGGAAUGGACCAACUGCAGAUUGAAGAGGUCCUGGUCCACCUUCAGCUGUAUAAGAAUGUGUCUGUAGUGUUCGUGGAGGGCUGGCAGGCGGUGACCGACCAGGUUUCUGCUCUGACCAAAGCUUUGUCUAAACGUCCUUAUAAACUGUUGACAGAGCGCUCAGAGCUGCCUUUCUGUGUGGACGGCUCGUGGGCCAGCGGGGCGCGGGUGCAGAGAGACGGCUCUGGCCUGGGGCAGGUGUGGCCUCUACAGCUUCAGCAGCUGAACAGAGUCAGUGCUGUUGUGGCUGCGACUGUCGCUGCAGAGUAUCAGUCUCCUCAGCUCCUGCUGCAGGCUUACCAGAAGUUAGAAUCUGAGGUUGAGAGAAAAGCUUUGCUCGCUGGUCUUCUGAUAAAGACUGAAGGCAAAGAGAGACGCAUCGGACCAGAGAUCUCCUCCAGAGUUUACCGCUGCUUCACGAGCCAAAACCCUCAGCUGGUCCUGGACUAG